AUUAAAAGAGGGAUUUUGAACUGUGUCCUUUCUCUCUCGUUCAGAACUUCAGUCCUCUGGUUUUAGACAUAAAAUGGCAUUUUCUAUUUGUAGGGGAAAAUCAGCACUUCCCUUUGGUUCUUCCUCUUCUUCUCCGUUGAAAUCACUACUGCUGGUGUUCUUACGAUCACAAAGUCCUUGCAAACAUCGCUCAUGGUCCACUUCCAGUUCGAGGUCCUCGUCUUCUAUUUCUAAUGAAGCGGCGGAAACGGAAGACGAUGUCGUACCAGCUGGGAGUUCGGGAAUCAGCAGGCCACUCUCUGAAAUCCUCAAAGAACUGAACAAGAAAGUCCCCGACUCCGUUGUCAAAACGCGCUUGGAAGAUGGAUUCGCCAUGAAAUACAUUCCCUGGCAUAUUGUGAAUCGUAUAAUGAAUUUGCAUGCUCCGGAAUGGUCGGGCGAGGUCCGAAGCAUUACUUAUUCAGCGGACGGCAACACUGUUUCUGUUGUUUACCGUGUCACUCUCUAUGGGACUGAUGCUGAGUUAUUUAGAGAGUCGACAGGAACUGCUUCGGUAGCUGACACAAGUUAUGGGGAUCCUAUUCAGAAGGCAGAAGCAAUGGCAUUUCGUCGAGCUUGUGCACGCUUUGGGCUUGGACUUCAUCUUUACCAUGAGGAUAUGUCUUAACUGGACAUUAUUCAGCUUGUGCCUUGAAGGUUCGAAUCACAUCUUUCUUUUUGUCGGGGAAGUCCUGCUCAAUGUCGCUCGAUUGUUUUGGUUAUCAGGGUGGUUGUUUUGUAUCAUUCUUUCCAUGAAAACAAGAAGAAAAAGCCCCUUUUCUUCCCUUUUUUGACUGACAAUUGGCAUAGAAGAAUUAGCCACUGUAUAAGUAUUGAAGCCGGCAUUAUCAAGUACGUUUUGGUGUCCCAAAUAUAUAUCUCCGGAAGUUUUCUGGUCA